AUGUCAAGACACGCGGCGACGUCAGAGGUCCCUAGCGCUACCGACUAUGGGAGCGAUGGCGGACCACUUUCUGUUUGGGCUUUCCUCUACGCCUCCUUGACCUACGUAUUCAAGGGAAGGAAAAAAAGUGAAGAGUUCCCAAGGUGGCUUUUAUCGAAGCCCAUUCUAGACUCCGGUCACGGCUUGCACCAUGUCACACUCGAAAUUUCGCUGUCUUUCGUCCUGACCCUUGGACACGGCCACCUGAGACAGACACCCUCCACAACUAGCUCACCCUCCAGCUCGCCGUUGUCGACGUUCAGGAUGGCUCUCCUCACACCACCCAGCACUUCUCACCGACUGGACAAGGAGAACUUCAAAUUCACUGUCACCGCGCCGUUGCCAGGUCGCGUCGUUUGGUCGUCUCACAACUCAUACCACUCUCUCACAACGCCACCCAAGCCCUGCGUCGCGUCCAGGGAACGCCCCGUAAAGUCAAUUCUUAAGAGACGGCAGGAAACUACCACUUUGCUGGCAGUGCCAGAUGACAACACCAAGGAGCGAGAGGUGACCCCGGAGCCUGCGGAUCCCCUGGUGAACCUAAGCUACCUGGAACAUCCUGUUUCGAUAAUACUCAAAGGCGCCGACGCGUCGUUACGCGACCUUAUUGAAGGGUAUAGUGUGCUGGCAGUCCGACUUCGCACCUCAGUCACAGAUUCCACCGACGCUGACGCAUCGUGGCCACUCUUCCAACCUCUGAGAAAAAAUAGGGAGGCGUUUGUGGAUGCGGUAGUGAGGGAUCUUGGGAAGGCUUUAGUUAACCCUGCAAGCGUGAUGCCCUGCACCGAGGAGGUAGUGGAUGAAUGGUUAAAAGACGAAGAACACCUCCCCAAGUUUAGCCUCCCGUCACCACGGAGCAGUCCAGUGAAGAAACGCGGUAUGUCGGCAGAGCAAGCUAAGUACGCGCGCGACCUUGCCACGACGUGCCUCUCUGUUAUCAGACUUCUUUCCGUGGUGCUCUCCACGCCUGCGAUUUACAGUGUUUUCGAAACGGAGGAUUUGCGGACGAUGUUGACCUCAAUAUUAGCAAUCCCCCUUGCCGAGGAACUGCCCACACCAAACGCACGAAAGACACGCGCACUGGCCAUUUGGCUUCUUCAAGUCCAACGACUCCCAUCUGACGUUCUCCAUCCGGCUGGAGAUCGUAUAGCGUAUGCGCUUCGACGUGGCAUGGAUGGCGAACUUGGCAAGGAAGGAAAGAAAGGCUCCGCUAAUGAUGGCCUCAAGGCUGUCCACGACCUGUCUAUCUUUCUGCCUGCCACAUUUGUUCCAUCCUUUAUAGAAAUUCUACCAUCAAUCCUUUCCAACCUCCUCGCACCCACCCUCGCCUUGCGGAUACAAGCAUGCCACGCUCUCGGAGGAUUCGUUCUAGGCACCAUUUCCAUCCCACAAUCCCAUCACCACACGCGUAUAGCCAACAUAAUUGCUGAUCAUCUUACCACUAUCCCUGUGACGCCAACCAAGAAAUCACCGAGCAAGCUUUCAGAGGCACCUAUCGUGCGAACCCUUCGAACGACCAUGGUUGCUGUAGAUCCUACCAAUGUCGCCCAAGGUCCAGUAUGGGCUAUCAGCGUUUUGUCUUGCUUUGUCGUUCUUCUUGGCUCCAAAUUAUACACAAACCAGAAACUCGGCAGGUUGGUUUGCUCGCUGCUCACCCUUGCCAGCGCACACAAGAAGAGCACGGUCCGUGGCCUCUUGUGUGUUGCAUGGCGUGUCGUAACCUGGGCGUAUGCUGCACCGCCUUUGCCCCUAGUGAUGGGGGAAGAAUCUGAAGUUGAGGAAGGCAACGAGGUCGUUCGACCAGAAACUUUGUCCAAAGAAUCACUGUGGAGGAUCCUAGUGACUGUUGUUGACUGCCAAGCAGGCGUAGCAACAAUUGCUGCCCUCAUGGCAGACGAGUCUGAAGAAGGCCUUCAGAAGACUUUUCACGUCCUCGUCGCAAUGAUCAAUAAAGCUGGGAAAACAUGCGGCGACGCUGUUGCCGUUCUCCAGCAUCUACUCAGCUUUGAAUCUCGACCCCGCGAAUGGAAUAUCAACCAUCUGAUUCCGGAAUCUCUCUUUUCUUCAAAUCCUGGGCUCCUCACAGCUGACUUCAAAAACCUGUCCGCUGCCGUCCAGCCUCUCCUCCAACAAGUGCCGACUAUUGAUGAUAUCAGGUGUCUAACGAAGGAGGAAGUUGCGAUAGGAUGGGUAUUUGAUGGUAUUGUUUCGGUCUGGUGGACUGCACUGAAUAUGCUCGAAAUGGACGACGAGGGUUUGCCGAAUGAACUUGCAUACAUAUGGAAAAUUCUGUUGAAAACGACAGUGAAUGUGCUUCAAGAAUCCGAGGAUAAUGAGGGCAUAGCUGCCUUUGGGCGUCGCGCCGCAAAGAUCCUGACCGAAAUCCUUAGCAACCCUAGGCUUAACUUUACAGUGAAGCCUGCGUCACCUGGUGUUGAGAAGUCAAUAUCCCCUAUUAAAUUCGGCACCUCCGUCCGUGACGACGUCAGACCAGGCAACUGCACCAAUGGCGAACACAAAGCAAGAACCGUUCAAAAAUUGUGGAAAACAAUGCGUAUUCUGUUCCCUAGUGCGCAACUUGGCGAUGCUGGAGAACACCUGCUCAAGUCAUUGUUGGACAAUGAGAGGGAGCUCGUGGAUCCUUUGAGCGAGGGUAGUGCUCGGGCUGUUUGGGCCUCUUUAUGCACGGAUGUGCUCAGUGUCUGUGACGUAGACUCGAUGCGGGACUUCUGGGGAUGCGGAGAGGGCGGGAGGAAGUGGGACUGGACAAGUGAAGACAAGGAAACUAUUUGGAAGACUUGCGCCGAAAAGUGGAAGAAGGUUCAAGGUCAUUGGGAAGCAGGUGUCGUUUUGCUUGGUGUGCCGUUCACGGAUGCCAAUCAAUGGGGCCUCAGAACCGAGGAAGAUGCCCAAUGGGGAGAGCUCCUCGAACAGGUGAUCAGCAAGGCAUACGACUACGGCUUGGAUUCCCAGACUGUCCUCGACAAUAUCACGACUUUCAUCUCAACCAACCAAGCGCCCACCAGUGGAAUCUCCUCGACGCGCGCGGCAGAACUACUCAUUUCCCAUCUGGACAUCGUGGAAGCGCGCGAGAUCCCAGAGGUCCUCGUCGAGUUCGUCAACGACACUAUGCGCUCGACCUAUCCUCCUGAACCGAGGAACAAGCCCUUGUCAUUGUGGCUUGUUAGAAGCAUUACCCAGAUGAUUACUGAUUGUCCUUUGGAGUUGUGCCUGCAAAUGCUGGGGAUUCUCCAGGAAGGCUUAUGCUUGUGGCUGUCGGAUGAGUACGAGUGCUGGUCAAUGGAUGAGCUGGACUACAACAUCAUCCCCCUGUACCAGUUCCUCUUGAACAAGAUUCGGGGGCUCCCGCAGGAUAUUGCGUCUCUUGAAAUUUUGGCACCUAUCCUUGAUUCAGUGUUUUCUGGUCGUACGAUGCCGCCAGCUGCUGCUGAGGCUUUCAACGAAUAUUGGCAAUUUACAUAUGCCAACAUGCCAGUCCCAGAAGCAGGCUGGCCACAAAAGGUUCUCCACUGUCUCGGAUUGGAGGAUGCCUCAAAACGCGCGCCUUCUGAAUCGGAGCGUUCACCUACAUUGUCUCCAGCAGCCCCCAUCAUCCCCCCAAGCACCCCUCUACUUUCUGCAUCCUUCAACCUACAAUCACCUCGACGACCUCACAGGCCUCUCACCACGUCUUUCGAGACCUUCCCUUUGCCUAUGCGAUCUCCCGAAUCCCCUGUCCGUCGACGAACUGCUUCGUCGUCUUCUUACCACCCAACCACUCCAAAACGAACCCCGUUAUGCUCCAUCUCCAAUCAAUCAGGCGGUUCUCCUGCGAAACGUAGGAGGAUUGGCGAUGCAGACGAAGAGGAGAGCGCUAACAAGGAAAACGCGUCUCCUCGCUCACAAUUGCCUGCCACUCCCAUUACAGUGGCUGAGAAAAUUGCCGCUUUGGGGCUCAGCUUACAACCCCUCAGCUCAAAGAAAAGGCUUUUCGCUGAUGAGGAGGUUGCUUGUUCCGACUCGGAUGCGAGCAUUGCUCGCCCAUCACCGACGAAGAAGCUGAAGCUUAGGGAAAGGAUGUGUGCUAAAAGUGUAACCCCGAAAUCCAAGGGACUUCCAGUCAGCCUUGUUUCGCCACCAAGUACUUGUAGCAGCAAAGAGAGCGAGGACGAGCGAUAUGUGGAGAACGCUCUUCUGCCCUUGCCUAGCUUGUUGUUACCGUUUCCCAUGCAGGCAACCAGCGAUCAGGAUACGAGUGAAGAUGACUCCUGCCCCCCAACGCCCACGCCUGUCACCCGCAAAAGGAUUUUUAUGGAUGCUGUGGUUGUACCCACUCUCCAACAAGUUCUGCGGAAGAGGAAGUUGGAGCACUCGCAGAGUUUUGAAUCAUUGAUGAUUGCGUCAUCAUCGGACCGACUGCCCUUCCCUACUCGCAAGACACCGCGGAUCAUGAAGAGGGCUGUCAGCGAUAUCAUCCCCGCCGCUUUGGGGAAGAGGAGAAAGAGCAGUGAUUCGGAUCCUUUCCUUGUAAUCUCGUCGACGUCGGCUCCUCUCCCUGCGUUACGUGUGACGCAGAGUAAAAUGGCUUCUAGUGAUGAUGACCCCCACAUUGGACAAGUCACACCGAGCUAUCUUAUGUCUUCUUCCACUAUGGCCCUACGCAAGCGCAAGCUUGAACAUGGCUCGACGAUGGAGGAUGUUUUCGCUUCUGAAAUGCCUGGAAGUGAUGAUUCCGUUGCGAGCCUUGAGUCUCCAACCAAGGAUGUUGUGGACUUGAAGCUUGAAGCUCAAUUGAGAAACCCCUUUCCGAGGCGAUCGGCGUUUGUGACUUACCUCGCAACUUUAUCCAGUCAAAUUGACAGGAAACUCACUCACAACCUCGCUCCUAUGGCAAAUUUACUCCGCUCUGCGAAAUCUGGGAAUGAUUGGUCAACGAAUGAAUUGCUUGCAUACAACAUCGAUGUUCAACGUGAAGACGUCGUUAACUUCUUUGGACAUGACCUUGGCUCAAUCGACCACCUUGAUUCCAACCUCUUCUCCUCCGCUGAUCCCACCCUUGCUGUUGAUUUCUCCCAGGAAACCUAUCGCUUUCUUGCGCACCUUGAUCUGGCAACGCGUGCAGAUGCUGGGCUGGAGAAUGACAUCAUUGAGUUUGCGAGAAGUGUUCUUCAAGUUACGGGUUUCGACCAGAGAGGCACGGUCCUUCGCGCGCGAUACAAUAUUCUUUUCACCAUCUGUGGGGAUAGUCAUCAAGUCGCCAGAUCGGACGUGUGUCUUGUUCCCCUCAACUCCAUGAUUCUUCUCGCCGUUCAGGCUGAUAAGGCGAGUAACCCCGAGCCUCAAAUCAUCGCAGAGGCGAUUGCUGCCUUUCAACACAACAAUCAGAAGCGCGUGGAUCUCAAUCUUCCCGUACUCGACUUGAUGACCAUUCCGUGUAUUACCAUGGUGGGAACACGGCCAUUCUUUUACCAAGUCCCGGUUACACGGCAGCUUAGUGACUGUGUCGCGACUGGUCAAUUCCCCUCUCAGCCAACGGUCGUUAAACGUUGUGGUCCGCCUGCCAGACAAAGGACCUUCGAAGGCAUGGAAGUCCCGGAUUAUCGGCGCGUCGCCCUACAAUACUACGAUGCUUUCCGUGGUGUGGCGAAAGAUUGCUGGGCUACGUUCCUCGAGGGCUGCGAUUAA